AUGAAUGCCAAGCUUGCAGCAACUUUUUUACCUGGAAGCGGUGUUUUUUCGAAACAAGCUCUUAGUAUUGUUUUGCUCCCGAGAAAGCCAAUACAUCAAUUAACGAGAAACUUUGCUACUGAAGUUUUCAGUCGACCUGUUAUAAUUAAACCUCAGGCAAUUUCUCCAUUGCCAUCACGAUUAGAAGCGUGGCUAAGAGAUUUUCAAACCAAUGAACUGAUAGAUAUUAUUACUUUAGAUCGACAUGUUUUCGGGGUUCCGAUAAGACGAGAUAUUUUACACAGAGUAGUUGUUUGGCAACGUGAUAACUGGCGACAAGGAACUCAUUCAACAAAAACUAGAAGCGAAGUGAGCGGAUCAACUAGGAAAGUAGCACCUCAGAAAGGAAGAGGAAAAGCAAGAGUUUCAACUCGGAGAGCUCCUCAAUUUGUUGGAGGGGGUCGAGCUCAUGGACCUCACCCUAGAUCGCAUGCCACUGAUCUCCCUCGUCAAGUUCGUGAACUUGGUUUACGUGUAGCACUUUCCAGUAAAUUCAUACAAGAUCAAUUAUACAUAGUCAAUAACAUUGAUGUUCCUAAACCUAAGACAAAAGAACUGACAGAUCUUCUAAAUCGUCGACUAUGGGAUCCGUUAGCAAUUGAACGAAGAGCCGGUCACUCGAUAAUGUUUGUUGGUGCAAGUAGAACACGGAAUUUCGAACUUGCUCAACGUAAUUUGCAACGUGUCCAUUAUUCAACGGCGCAAGAAGUUUUGGAGGCUGGUGAUGUUUAUAACAUUAUAGGACAUGAAGUGUUGGUGUUGGAUCAAGGGGCUUUAAAAGAGUUGGAACUUUUAUUGAAUCCUUAUAUACUUUGA